AUGAUUUUAGCAAGUUGUUGGUUUGUAAUUUCACAACAACACUGUAUAUUCCAGCGUGUAGGAGGCAUUAUACUGGCUAUAUUAAUGAAUUGGUGA